CUCGUCGUUUCACUCUGCUUAAACCCUCACCGCUGUCUUCCCCUGUCGUGCCUCCGUUUUGUGCUUCCCACGUGCUCGGAGCUUGAGCUGCGAAGCAGGAAGAGCUCUAAUGGCUGCACAAGCGAAAACCCCCUGGGAAUUUAGCUGUGACUUGGAAGUAGAUUUCGAGUCCGAUGAGAAAGCUUCCAUGGUCUAUGCAGCAUUAGCUGUCGAUAAAGAGUUGCAACCAGACAAAGUGAAGAGGAACAUGUCUGUUUCUGAUGGAAAGCUUACAGUACGGUUCGAGGCAGUCGAGGCGAGAUUUCUUCGAGCAUCAUUCAGUUCCUUUGUUGAUGUGCUUACACUUGCCACAAAAACCAUUGAAGAAUUUGGAGGAGGAAUGGCUUUGUGAUGCUUGCUAUCCACCGAAUGCAAAUUGUUACGUCCGACGCGAUAUCUUUUCUCUAGGUGGCCUUUCGGAAAUUCGUUUUAACUGCAGGAUGAGUCUCCCCAGUUUGUGUAGUAUACUUCUUGUAAUUUUAGGUUGCCGAAGUAUCAGUUUGCUCUUUAGCUUUCAUGGAAUCGUGUAAAGACACUACAUCAACUCCAGAUUUUUGGCAGAUAUCCAAAUCCAACUACAAUGCUUAAGUAGAAA